AUGGUGCGGUGGCGCGGCGGUGGCGGCGGCUUCCAAGCGGCGACUCGGGUGCUCGAGGUAGUUGGCGAAGAGCGGGAGGUUGGGCUCGGCCACCUCCAUGGCGGCGGCGGACCGGUGGGCGCCGCGACGCCCGGCGUCUCACAGCCUCCGCUGGGUGCGCUGCCGCUCGCCACGCGCGCCGGGCGCUCACUGCGCGGCGCGUGGCGGCGGCGCGCGACGCCGCUGACUCAUCGGCGCCCCGUGACGUCACGGCACCCCCGCGCCGCCGACGUCGCGCCCGCCGCCGCCGCCGCCGCAAUCAUGGCCGUGGCCGCUGCCGUGGCGCGCAGCGUAGCCGUUCCCGGAAGCGUGGGGCGCUGGCGCGCGCGCGCGAAGCAGCCCCUCGGCGCCGGCACGCGGCGCGCGCCGCCGGCCGGGGGCGACAUUGUAGUGUGA